UUGCUUUUUCAUUUGUGUCUUGUUUCUGUUGUUUUGUCUUGUUUUGGUCAUUUUGUGACUUGCUUUGUGUUUUGUUUUGUUUUUGUUGUUUUGUGUCUUGCGCUGUGUCUUGCGCUGUGUCUUGUCUUUGUCGCUUCGUGUCUUGUUUUUGUCAUUUUGUGUCUUGCUUUGUCACUGUCUUGUUUUUGUGUCUUUGUGUCUUGCUUUGUCAUUUUGUAUCUUGUUUUGUUAUUUUGUGUCUUGUUUUGUCAGUUUCUGUCUUGUUUCUGUCAUUUUGUGUCUUGUUUUUUUCGUUUUGUGUCUUGCCUUUUGUUUUUGUGUCUUGCUUUGUCGCUUUGUGUCUUGUUUUUUCUCUUUGUGUUUUGUUUUUGUUAUUUUGUGUCUUGCUUUGUCAUUUUGUGUCUUGUUUUUGUCGUUUUGUCUUGCUUUUUCAUUUUGUGUCUUGUGGUCAUUUUGUGUCUUGCUUUGUCAUUUUGUGUCUUGUUUUGAUAUUUUGUCUGUCGUUUCUGUCGUUUUGUCUUGUUGUUGUUUUGUCUUGCUUUGUCAUUUUGUGUCUUGUUUUUGUUGUUUUGUGUCUUUGUCAUUUUGUGUUGGGUUUUGUUAUUUUGUGUCUCGUUUCUGUCGUUUUGUAAUUUUGUGUCUUGCUUUAUCAUUUUGUGUCUUGCUUUUUUCAUUCUGUUUCUUGUUUUUUUCACAGACCGUCUUGUUACCAUAGCAACAAAAUCUUUCUCAGACUCAAGUUUGUUGUAGUUCUGUGUUUUUGAGUUAUUAGCACAGAUGAUGAUAUGUGGCAUGCGGCACUUCUUAUUUUUUCAUAAUGAAGACUAAUUCUAUCGAAGGUGACUUAUGGAUUAGACCCGUUCUUGUGUCCAUUAAACAUUUAUUAAGUUGUGAGUCUGCACGGCUAUCAUAUCGAAAUGCAAACUAGAGACAUAUAGCAAGUUACAAAUUCCAAAAAGAAUUGGUCGCCUUGAGUGGUACCAAUAAUGGAAAUUUUGGGUCCGGGCCCAUGGACUAUCUCUUUGCCCUCUUAUCAUUAUGUAUGUUAUGCUAAAUGAUAAGACUGUAACUGUCUAACAAAACACAGUGCUUUUAAUGUUUUUUUUUUUUUUUAACAUAAAACCAAGGUUGGACUACACUGAAGGUUUUUCUCUCAUGAUAUUUUGAAUAAUUUAAUCCCAAGCAAAGUUUGAAGUUUUGUCUGGUCUCUUUAUCUCACAGCAUAGAUGCUUUGAAAGAUGACGGAACGCUUGGCCGACUCGUCAAUGAUGAUCACAUAAAUCCGAACUGCAAAGUCAAAAAAAUAGUGGUAAAAGGAAGGCCACACUUGUGCCUGUUUGCUUUAAAGGAAAUAUUUCCAGGCGAGGAAAUAACGUACAACUAUGGUGAUUCCCCUUGGCCAUGGCGCUCAAUGGCACACUUUAAAGAACCAUGCACAUCACCAUCUGAGAAAGAAAUGCCCACCUCCGCACGAAAACAAAAGGCACACUUUAAAGAACCAUGCACAUCACCGUCUGAGAAAGAAAUGCCCACCUCAGCACGAAAACAAAAGAAACUCCUUGGUGCCACAGGUCGGCACAUGACUGAAGUUAUUGCAACUCCUGGUGCACCAGAAGAUGAAGAUGCACACUUUAAAGAACCAUGCACAUCACCGUCUGAGAAAGAAAUGCCCACCUCAGCACGAGAACAAAAGAAACUCCUUGGUGCCACAGGUCGGCACAUGACUGAAGUUAUUGCAACUCCUGGUGCACCAGAAGAUGAAGAUGCACACUUUAAGGAACCAUGCACAUCACCGUCUGAGAAAGAAAUGCCCACCUCAGCACGAGAACAAAAGAAACUCCUUGGUGCCACAGGUCGGCACAUGACUGAAGUUAUUGCAACUCCUGGUGCACCAGAAGAUGAAGAUGCACACUUUAAGGAACCAUGCACAUCACCGUCUGAGAAAGAAAUGCCCACCUCAGCACGAGAACAAAAGAAACUCCUUGGUGCCACAGGUCGGCACAUGACUGAAGUUAUUGCAACUCCUGGUGCACCAGAAGAUGAAGAUUGCCUCCAUAAAGUUACCUGUGCAGUUGUCAGCUCUUUGGAACGUUGUGAAGCGUGCAGAGGAAGACCCUUCUCCAAUUUAAAAUGGCUUGGUGUGACAUGUCAAUUGUGCUCAAAAUCAUGGCACAAAUCCUGCUUUUUCAAGAGGAAUUCAACAUCGGAUGAUCGUGUUUGUGACUCUCCAGAAAGUAGUGAUGGCUGUUUUUCAGAUAAGGACUACGUGCCUUGCAGUAGUGAUGGAUCCAGCUCUGAAGACCUCUGGUGUACCAGCUCUGGUGUACCUGCAUCAAGUAGAGAUGGUGGUGAUCCAUCUUCCUCCAACACUGAUCCAAGCCUACCACGUCAUAAGGCUAGGGCAGCUGACUUGCUGUCUUCUAAGAAAAGGAAGAAGAAAAUGCCACAACCCAUUGACUGCAUGGAGCAGGAGGACAGAGAUGCCUUCACCUCUGGCAAAUUUGGCAUCGAAAAAGACCUCAUACCUGAUAGCAAAUCUUCUGAUGAUGAUCCUACCACAAGCAAUACCCAGAGCUUUCCAACAACUGCAACAGACUCUCUUUCUGAUGUUAGUGUGACAAAGACUGCACCAGCCCCAAAAGGGUCUUCUUGUACUGAAAAGAAUUACUGUUAUGUUUGCAAGACACCUCAAUCGAAAAUUGCUCGUCACCUUAAAAAGCAUGAAAAAGAAGAACCGGCUAUUGCUGAAGUGUUUUUGCUCCCAAAGAACUCCAAAGAGAGAAAAAGGUUACUAGAAAAGUUGCGGAACAAAGGUAAUUAUGAACAUAAUCAAGAAGUUCUCGCACAUAAUGAUGGACUACUGAAGGUAAAAAGAAGAUCGAAACAAUCAAAAAGCUCUCUCAAUACAAACAACUAUGUGCACUGUGCAUAUUGUAAAGGAAUGUUUGUCCGUAAAGAGCUGUGGCGCCAUUCACGUAAGUGCCCUUCAAAGACAAUGUCAGAAUCUGAAGCAGUUGGUAAAGCCAAAUGUUUAGCUUUGGCUGAUAUUGCGGAGUCAACAUGCACCCAAGCAAUUUCCCCUGGAGUGUGGAAGGUUCUCAAAAAUAUGAGGCAAGAUGAAGUAGGAUCUGUAGUUCGAAAUGAUUUCCUCAUACUGCAACUGAGUCAGUCUCUCUACAACAAGCAUGGAAGUGAUCCAACAAAAUUUGAGUAUAUGAGACAAAAGGUUCGGGAAAUGGGCAGACUGUUGUUGACCUUGAGAAAAGAAAAAUCAAUUUUUAGCUUUGAAGAUGCUACUAAACCAAAAAAUUUCUAUAAAGUCAUUGCAGCUGUCAGAACAAUUGCUGGUUAUGAUGAAGAGAAGAACUGUUAUCGCACACCAAGUCUUGCCCUGAAAUUAGGACAUUCGCUCAAGAAGAUUGGUGACAUUAUUCUCUGUAGGGCCAUUGCAGCAGAGGAUGAACAGAUGAUAAAAGCAGCAGAGCGAUUCACACAGCUCUGCACAAAAGAAUGGGCAGGACUUGUCUCCCACACAGCACUUGCUUCCUUAAGCAAAUCAAAGUUUAAUAAACCAUCUACCCUGCCAUUCACAGAAGAUGUUCAGCGUUUGCAUCAGUACCUGGAGAAGAAAUCAGCUGAUGCUGUUGAAAACCUGAAAGAGCAUACGUCUCCCCAGUCUUAUGGAGAGCUUGCCAGAGUGACUCUUACUCAAAUAAUUAUCUUCAACAGACGUCGUGCAGGAGAAGUCUCAAAAAUGACACUUGAGUCUUUUGAAAAAAGAGACCAGACUGAGCUUCAUGUGGACAUUGCUGCUGGACUCUCACAAUUUGAGCAAACGCUAGCCAGGCACUUCAGCAGGGUAGAAAUUAUGGGCAAAAGAGGGAGAAAGGUGACAGUUUUAUUAAAUCCUGAGGUCCUCACUGCAGCAACACUUCUUGUAGACAAAAGAGACACCUGUAAUGUGCACAAGGAUAAUCCCUUCCUGUUUGGACGGCCACAGUGCUCCUCCACUAGUCACUACAGGGGACAGGACUGCAUCAGGAAGUUUGCACACCUGUGUGGUGCAAAGAACCCUCAAUAUCUCAGGUCUACACAGCUUCGCAAGCAUGUCGCAACGUUGUCCCAAAUUCUCAACCUCAAGGAUAAUGAGCUGGACCAACUUGCCAACUUUUUAGGACAUGAUAUUCGGGUCCACAGAGACUUUUAUCGGCUGCCAGAGGCAACUAUAGAAAUGGCAAGAAUCUCAAAGCUUCUACUGGCAAUGGAGAAAGGAUCUCUUGCAGAAUUCCAGGGAAAAUCUCUUCAUGAGAUUGAGAUUGAAGCUGAAUUGGACCCAGAGCUGGACGAGGGUGAGCAAGAUGAUGAAAAUGAUGACGACAAGGAAGGCGGUGGAGGCGACGACGAUGGCGGUGGAGGCGACGACGAUGGCGGUGGAGGCGACGACGAUGGCGGUGGAGGCGACGACGAUGGCGGUGGAGGCGACGACGAUGGCGGUGGAGGCGACGACGGUGGUGGAGACGGUGACAUUGGCGGUGGAGACGACGAUGAUGGCAGUGGAGACAGCAAUGAUGGCGGUGGCGGUGGAGACAAUGAUGAUGGCGGAGAUGAUGAAUCAGAUCGUGCCCUUGGACUAAGGGGUAAAAGAAAAAGGAUGGAAUUGACAAAGGAUGAGACCAAGGCUUUCAAGGAAAAAAGAAAACGUAUGGAAUCUACCCAGGAUGAGGCCAGCACUUCCAGAGGGCAAAAAAAUCUGUUGGCGAUCCAAAGUGAGGUAACCAGCUCCAAAGAGGUCAAGUCAAGAAGAUGUGUAAAAAAGCCAUGGAGAAAGAAUGAAGUUAGUGCUGUUAUGAAACACUUCAAAACACACAUUUCAAAGGGACACCUUGCAACAAAGUUAGAGUGUGAGCAGUGUAAGCGUGCUGAACAUGCUGCAUUGAGAGACAGAACUACUCAAAACAUACGAGAUUUUGUUAGGAACAGAGGCCUCAUGGUCAAAAGGAAAAGUGUCUUAUAGCCCACAGGCACCACAAGUUGUUUAUAACUGUACUGUUGUAAACUGAUACCACAAACUGGUCUGUACCCCAGUUGAGCUAUUUUGUUGUUGUUGUUGUUUGUUUACAUUAAUGUCAAUAUUUUACAGUUUCUCAGGGCAAUAAUUAUGUUAAGUUAGUCUUUGGUCCCAUUUUAUGUUGUAUGCAUUGCUUGGUUGUACUGUACCUUUUAUACAGACAGCAAAAGUACUGGAAUUUUAUUUUUCAUUUAAUGACAUUCAAUGACAUCGAGUCUGUGGAAUCCUCUGGAAACACUAAGCUAAGCUGCUAACACUGAGUUGUAUCCAGUGAACCAUGUUUGAUUCCAAGAUGAAAUGUUUGUUGCUGUAUUGGUUUAGUUGAACACACUGGAUUGUUUCUUGUGGAAAACAUGUGGCCUCUUAAACAGUAACAGAGCAGAGUUUCAUUUUUCAUUUUAUGAAAUUUUUACAUUAGGUGUUAUCUACUUUGGUUCUAUUUUAUAAACACUGUUUUAUGCAUGUUCAAAAGGGUUGUAGCAUUUUUGCACAAAAGCAACCAUUGGAAAAUAUAAUAAAAAAAGUUCACACUCCAACUGCUGGGCGUUACAUUUAUUUAAGAAAUGGCUAAUUUAUGCAUUAACACGAGAAAUACUUUAUUGAUCAGAGGGGAAAUUGCUUCUUGUUCCAGCUGUUCCCAUUCUUUUCAGUCUUUAGAGAAGUAGUGGAGUAUAAAAUAUAUCAAUAGGAAUAUAAACCUAAAUAGAAAAAUAAAAUAAAAAUAUCUAUGCAUGAAACGUAAAUGUACAUUAUACUCUUGUAUAUGUAUAUACAGUGUGACAAAUAAUACUACAGUUGAAUUAUGGAUUAUUGAACAUAAAGUAGUUAUUGCACAUUUACAGUUCCACAUAUCUGAUAUGUAUGUAUGGGUGAACUUCAGUUAGACAGUGUUGUCCUUAUAACUCAAGUUACAUUGAAAGACCAUUCCGAUACCAUCUUAAAGUCUUAAAGUGGAAAUGACAACUUUUCCCUCCCUUGACAAUACCACAUAUCUAUGAAUCCCUGUGUUCAGGGGGUUAACUUUUUUGCAUAAUCAAAAUAUUUCCAUGUCUCACUUACCUUUUAUAUAGUUUAGGUGGUGCAUUUCAUUUGCUGCAGCCAUUUCUCCUCUUUUG